UCUAGAUUUAUUAUUACCAUGAAAGCACAAUUGCAAUUGCAAAAAAAUCAAAAAUGUUGUCCACUGGCACAGCAGAAACAACGACAAUAACAACAAAAGACAUACCACCAGCAUGGAGCAGCGAUACACAUCGACGUCAGCGCGAUCUAAAGCAACAACAGCAAUUACUAGAGAGACUGCGACGCCUUAGCAAUCAAUGGUUGCAGGAGCACAGCGACAAUUGUAACCAGCAACUGGUGCAGACAUGUGUGCAGAUACUAAUGCAAGGCCUAGUGCCACCGCCCACAAGUAAAACUGGCGACGGUGGCGAUGGAUUGCAGCGUCUCAUUGAGGACUUUGAGCUGCUGCGUCUUAACGAGCAACAGCAACAACAGUUGCCAGCAAUUGUUGCUAGCAACACAUCGCAGUUUCUGCAACAAUGGGUGGCAAGUUGCUUGGAUCAACGUUGUCUGGCGCGUUGCAUACAAACACUGCUGGCGGAUAAAGAGUUGCUGUAUUGCUAUUACCCCAAAGCGACAGCUAUUUUAAGGCAAAGCAAUUAUGCAACGGCGUUGAUGGUUUGCCUGACAGCCAUACAGCUGGAUCAGCGCAGCUUGCUACACCAACUAGAGUGGCGUCAGCGGCGCAGCAGCUCGCAGUCACCGCCCAGGAAGUACCAGAUUAAGCAGCAGCAGCAGCAGCUGCGACGCUAUGAGAGCUUGCCUAGCUUAAAGUUGCAUUUGCCAGCGCAAUGCCUAAGCAGCGCCAGCAGCAGCAGCAACAGCAGCGGCAGUCACUUGACAAAACAACGCAUACAAUUAAUUAACUGUGAUGACAUUAAAAUCUGGACGGAUGAGAGCAAAAGCAGCUUAAGCACACCGCUGCCGCCUGCACCGCCCCCAGCAGAAAUAGCGCCUGUAAAGGCGACGCAGUGCAUCAGCAAUUUGUUCAGCAGUCUCUUUAGUGCGACGCCUGUCUACACCAGUUGGUACAACAGUCUGCUAGGACAAUCGGAACAGGCGGCCAGUUUGCUUGAUGGCUUGUUGCCUGUGAACGGACGAAAAUUGGAUCAGCGCCGCCAACCAUCGCUGUUCGAAGGUGUCAGCAUGCUGGACUAUAACAGCAGCCCCGCUGCUGUUGCCACCACGGCACCCUUGGACAUUGGCAGCAGUCAGAGCGUCAGCUGCAGCAGCACUCCCUAUUCUCUAAGCAGCGACAGUCAGUUGGACAAACAAAGCUUAACGGCAUUUUUGCAAAUGUCACGAUGCUCGCACAACAACAAUACACAGCUGGAGAAGGAGAAUGCUCAUUUCGCCAUUUCGGAAGCAUGCAUUGCUGCUAUAGAGCAUGUCAAGUGGCGGCGACAUGAGCAACAGCAACCAAUUGCUGUUGCUGCUGCACCAGUAGAUGUUGCCGGCUUGCUGUUGCCCUAUGCGAGUGACAAUGACAAUGACAACGAUAACAACAACAGCGCUGAGGCUGUGGGCUUGCAACUCAUCUCGCGCUUCAAUGAUCAGCAAUUACCCAAGUUAUGUGAACUAAAGUGGUUAGUUUCCGAACAGGAUGCACCGCAGCAGUUGUUGCCGUUACCCAAGCCACAGCAGCAGCAGCAACUGCAGCAGCUGGAGGAUUGCGCAUUGCUGCGCGGCACACAAAACUGGGCGCCACCACGUCAACAAAUCAUCUUUACGGAGCACGCGCCUGUCAGUCGCUCCCAGUUGCUGCAGCAACAACAUUAUCGCUGCGCCGGGUGUGGCAUGCAGGUAACGCGUCAGUAUCAACAUCACUUUCGCUACUGCAACUAUUUGGGCAAAUAUCUGUGCACUGGUUGCCAUCGCCAACAGUUGUCGGCCAUACCUGCCAAAAUAUUACAAUCUUGGGACUUCCACUGCUAUCCAGUUAGCUCCUUUGCCUACCGGCUGAUUGAACAAAUGUAUACAUUCCCGCUUUUUCAUGUGCCCGAUCUAAAUGCGCGGCUGUACGCUAUGCAUAAGGUCCUGGCACGCUCGCGUCGACGUCGGCAGCAGCUGCAAUAUGUUAAGGACUUUAUUGGUUGUUGUCGCUAUGCUAAAAGAGAGCAAGAGUUCUUUGCUGCCGUGCCGCUGCAUAUUACCAACGAACCAGAUUUGUGGUCCAUGUGUGACUUUGUUGAUGUGCAAAAUUACAGCAUGAUCCGCUCCAUCGAACAACUUAUUACACUCAGUGAACAACAUGUAAACAAUUGCGUGCUUUGCCUGGGUCGCGCCUUUGUCUGUGAGUAUUGCAAAAGCGCCAAGCUGAUCUUUCCCUGGCAGCGCAAAGUGCAACGUUGUGACGGCUGCGGCGCCUGCGCUCAUUACAAAUGCUGGAAAUCAAAGUCUGUGGAUAUGUGCCUGCGAUGUGAGCGACUGCAAGGACGACUGCGUCGAUAGCAGUGUUCAGCACAAUAUUUUUUAUAUCUCAUAUACACUAAUAUACAGGAUACGCAUAAAAAUAUAUAUAAAGUGCGACAAUAUGUACCAAAAUUGAUAGCAAAAUGUACCUCAAAUCGAAUGACGCAGAUAGUACCAUGUGGUUUUUAUA